UAAAUUGUAAAAUAAAAUAACAAAAUAUUUAAAUAAUUUUUUUUUUUUAAAUAAAUAAUUAAAUAAUUAAAUAAUUAAAUAAUUAAAUAAUUAUAAUAAAUUAAAUUUAAAAUUUUAAUUUAAUUAUACAUUUUACUAAACAUUAUAUAAUAUAGUAAUAAAGAAACAUAUUUUUUAAAUUAGUUUAAUUAAUAAUUUAAAUAAAAUAAUAAAUUACACAAAUUAAAUUUAUAUUUAAUAUUAACAUAUAUUCAAACUGGAUAGAAGAGAAAAAAAGAGAUCAAAAAUGGUAAAAGAAAAAGAGUUUUAUGAAAGACUAGGGGUUAAGCCUGAUGCAACAGAGGAUGAAAUAAAGAAAGCAUAUAGAAAAAUGGCGAUUAAAUAUCACCCAGAUAAAAACCAAGGACCUGGUAAGAAAGAAGCAGAAGAGAAGUUUAAAGAAAUUAGUGAAGCUUAUGAAGUAUUAUCAGACCCUGAUAAGAAAAAAAUGUAUGAUAGUUAUGGCUCAGAAGGUUUGAAAGAAGGAGGUUUCCAUGCAUCAUCUGCUGAAGAUUUAUUCAGUCACUUCUUUGGUGGCGGUGGUGGUGGCGCUGGAUUUAGUUUUGGUGGUAUGGGUGAUGAAGAUUUUGGUGGUUUUGGUGGUAUGUUUGGAGGUGGCGGUCGUGGUGGAGGUUCAAGCAAACGUAAUAAAGGUGAAAAUAUUGAACAUGAAAUGUUUAGAACUUUAGAAGAGUUAUAUAAUGGUAAAUUGGUUAAGAUCUCAAUUAAUAGGGACGAAAUUUGUAAAACAUGCAAUGGUUCUGGAGCAAAUAAACCAGGAGUUACAUCAACCUGUGAUAAAUGUAAAGGUAAUAGAUUCGUUUUUUUAAAAAAACAAAUUGGACCAGGUAUGGUACAACAAGUCCAAGCAGCCUGUCCAGAUUGCCACGGUACAGGUGAAAAGAUCAAGGAAGCUGACAAAUGUAAAACAUGUAAAGGUAAAAGAAUUACACCAGGUAAAAAGAUUGUCCAAUUUCAAGUUGAAAAAGGUACUAGAGAUGGUGAGCGUAUAAUGUUGCAAGGCCAAGGUUCAGAGUAUCCAGGUGUUCCACCGGGUGAUGUUAUAAUUACAAUUAGAGAAAAACCAAAUGUAAACUUUAAGAGAAACGGUGACAAUUUAAUUUAUAAUAAGAGAAUUAAAUUAUUAGAUAGUUUAGUUGGCUGCGAUUUCACCAUUAAUACAUUAGACAAUAGAAAACUUUGGGUACACCACGAUAAAGGGGAUAUUAUUAAACAAGGUGAUAUGAGAUGCAUUGACAAUGAAGGUAUGCCAAUCAAAGGUUCAUCGAAAAAAGGUAAGCUUGUAAUAACUUUCGAAGUAGAUUACCCAACUGCUUUAUCUCAAGAGGAUGUCAAAAAACUCGAAGCAAUUCUUCCUAAAUCUGCCGCUCCAGUCUCAAAUAAAUCAGAUUGUAAAGUUGUAGCUCUUCAAAAAGUAAACUUCAAUCCAAAUGCUGAGUCUCAACAACACCAUACCAAACACCCAGGUGGUCAUGGUGGUCAUGGUGGAAUUCCUGAAGGAUUUGGUGCACAGUUUGGAGGCGCAGGUCCACAGGCUCAACAAUGUCAACAACAAUAAAAAAACAAAUAAAAAACAAUCAAUCAAUUUUUUAAAUAAAUCUUUUAUUUUUUAUUUUUUUUAUUUUUUUAUUUUUUUAUUUUUUUUUACUUUAUUUGUUUUAAUGUACAAUUGAUCAAUUGUUUGUUUUAUUAUAUAAAUCGAUUGUCCAAAAUAUUCACCAUUUUUCAUUGACUAAUUUACUAAGAAAUUCC